CCGCCAGCAGGACCAACUCGUUGCCUCGCUGCGGGUCGGCUCCCGGCACCGCGGACAACUGCACGCACUGCUGCCUGCGCCGCUCCGCUGACGGGGAGCCGAGCGCGCCGCUGCGGCUGCUGCUGCCGCCCAGGUUCAUGGUUCCGGCCUGAGAGCUAAACGCUGCGACUCCGAUUCCGAGCUGCGGUAGCAGGAGAAGCAGCGGCGGCGACCGCAGGAGCCCGAACCCCCACAUGGGUCGCCGCCGCCAGAGCGGUUCCUAGGGUGUGGGAGGGCCUGAGGGAGGACGCUCGGCCGGCCGCCCAACGGUCCGCGGGAGCGACCCGGGCGAGAGCCGACCCCGAGGGCAACGACGGCGUCAGAGGCCGACGUCCGCGCGCAGCGUGCGUAAGGGAAGGAGGGGUGUGCGCGAAAUCCGACUCCGGUUCCCGGAGGGGUCUAUGAGAAGGGGGCGUGGCCCGAGGAAGGACGUUUGUGAUUGGUGGGUUUUGCCGCGGCCGGGAAGUUCGAACGGAAGUCUGGGAAAGAGCCUGAAGAGAGCAAAGGAAGCGGGUAUGAACCGAGAACCCCGAGCAAGAAGGGCGGCAGUUGUGAUACAGGCGCAGCAGCAGGUGCUGCCCGAAAGUCGUUUCCAGUACGGGGUAAAGAGUUUUGAGUAUGCCAUACUCCCCUUUCGGUAAGCUCAACUUUCAGUGGAUCCAAGGACCGCCUGCAUCUUUGGUGAUUUUCUGCUCCAAACUGAGGAUUCACAGAUUCAUGAGAAGGGGGCCCAGGAAUCUCCACUUGACAAUUCCCGAGUUCCUGCUUAGGCAAGGACAGAAACAUCCUGAGGUAUCAGUGCUCAACAUAUUUUCUGAUCAAGAGUACAACAGAUCAGUCAUUACAAUAGCAGCUUCUGUUGCCGAGUUAGGCAAUUCCAUUCUGGCUGCCUGCCUGGAGGCCUUCCAGUCAAUUGAUAUGGAGGUUCAAGAGGGGAUCCAUCCUUGCCUGGGAGCAGUGGACCUGAUUCCCGUUUACCCUCUCUCCGGUGUUGGAGUAGAAGAGUGUGGAGCUGUGGCCAGAAACCUUGCUGAGAAUCUGGUCCAGCGUGUUCCUGGCUGCAGUGUGUUUCUCUUUGGUGAGGCCGACCUGCCUGAGAAGCGCACUCUUGUCCAGAGAAGGAAGCAACUGGGCUGGUUCACAAGGAGGGAUUUCAGUGCUCUUAAACCUGACCUGGGAGUUGCACCUGCCCGAAGAUGUGGUUUAACAGGCAUCGGCGCUAGCCCAUAUGUGAUGAACUGCAAUGUUACCAUAGAUUCUCAAGACUUGGCUCUGGGAAAAGAGAUCGCUAAUGCCAUUCGGGGCUCAAAUGUGAAUGGAUUGAAGGGCGUCCAAAUGAUGGCUUUUCCUCACGAAGGGAAAAUUGAGAUAGCUUGCAAUGUAGAGAGUUUUGAAGAUCAAGAAGUUACAGAAACCUCAGAAGGCUCUCAAUACAUGGCUUACAGUGUCCUUGGGGACCAUUUUUAUUAUCUAUCUCCUCAUUACAUAGAAGCUCAAGUUAGAAAAUUGGCAAGUGAUCAGGGAAUUGGUAUUACAGGAAGAGCAUUAAUUGGAUUUACACCCCAAGAGUGCAAGAACUGUGCUGAAUAUGCUAUUAAGGAAGGUAUUGGGGAGUUCUGGAAGAUACGCAGAGGUAUUUUCAUGUGAUCCAAGCUAAGGCUUCACUGAAAUUGUAAGGAAAAAAUAUCAGCCAUUACAAAGUUUUCUUUUGGCCAGUGAAGACGAGUGGAAGAUCCAAGAGCUUGGUUCCAGCUGUGAAUUGGAAAACUGGAAGCAUUCUCUGUCCAGUGACAACAACAGGUGUUUAUAGAUUGUCCAUAAUCGCUUUAUGAUAUUUCUAGUCGUCAUUAAAACUUCGUGAAAUCCCCCUCUGUAUCAAGUUCAUGCACUUGCAUGUACUAGAAGCCCUCCUGAAUCAGCUGGGUAAAAUGGCCAUCAUUGUCAAAUUGUCUUUAAUUAUCAUGGACAAAACUAAAAACGGACUCAAUUUAUUUGGUUUUCCUGACCUCUUUAUUCCAGAGUCCUGUAUUCAACUCUCAUUUUUUAAGUAAUCAUUUUUUUAAUGUGCACUUUUAAAAAUCAAGUACUAAGUAACUAAAA